AUGGCAGACGGCUUCCAUCCUCACGGCCACCCGAUGCCGUCCAGCAACAACAUCGAUGCCGGCGAACUCACCAACCAGUUCGAACAACUCAUGCGCAACAAGCGAUUCAACCGGCUCCAAGAGCAGUCGCAGCAAUCUCGUUCUCACUCUCCUUCGCCAGCUCUGUCUGCUUCUCCCGCUGCUUAUCCUCCACCACCCCCUUCGCGGGCACCGCCGCCGCCGCCCCCGAUCGCUCAUCACCAGUACCCCGUCUCUCCUCAACCGCAACAACAUCAACAACCUCACAGAGCAUCGCCGUCUCCAGCAAUCAGAGGUCUUCCGAUCGUUCCUGCACCGCCGCAAGAUCCGUCUUCGCUGAAGUUCCGAAACCUGCUCCAUGUCCUGUCUGUUACGCCGACCAAAUACGAAAACCCUGGCCUCCUGGAUGAGGCCCUGGCCUUGAUUCCACUCGACAGGUUAUACUCGGAGGCAGAAGAGGAAAGCCAGAUCAUGCAGGCUCAAGCCGCCAGUGUAGGGGGAAAGCCUGAAUGGGGCUACCAAGAUUGCGUCAUCAGAUCUCUCCUAAGAUGGUUCAAGCGCUCGUUCUUUCAAUUCGUCAACAACCCUUCCUGUCCUCGAUGCUUCAUGCCUACAAUCGCCGGAGGCAUGACUCCCCCGUCUCCCGAUGAGACCGCCCGUGGCGCCACCCGAGUCGAACUCUACCGAUGCUCUGAAAGCACCUGCGGCGCUUUUGAACGAUUCCCUCGCUACUCGGACGUCUGGCAACUUCUGCAAACCCGUCGUGGUCGUGUUGGUGAAUGGGCCAACUGCUUCAGCAUGUUCUGCCGGGCGAUCGGUGGUCGUGUGCGUUGGGUCUGGAACUCGGAGGACUACGUCUGGACAGAGGUCUAUUCGGAGCACCAGAGACGAUGGAUUCAUGUCGACGCCUGCGAAGAGGCAUGGGAUCAACCACGUCUCUACACUGAGGGAUGGGGUCGCAAGAUCGCUUACUGCGUCGCCUUCUCAAUCGAAGGCGCGACCGAUGUCACUCGACGAUAUGUUCGAAGCCCAAGCAAACACGGUUCUCCCCGCAACCGCGCUCCCGAAGAGGUCCUCCUGUGGGUAAUCCACGAGAUCCGGAACAAGCGUCGAGGGGAAUUGGGCAAGACCGACCAGAAGCGAUUGAUCAAGGAGGAUGAACGGGAAGAGCGCGAGCUCCGCGCCUACAUGGCCUCUGGCCUUGCAGCUGAAAUCAACAAUCUCUUUCCUCUCAACCAGGUCCCCGACGAACAAAAGGUCCGUUCGUCUCACCAGGAAGCCGCCGCAGAGUGGCAGACAGGAGGACGGUAA